ACCUGCGCUACCCGCGCCGCGCCCGAGACGGCCGCAAACGCCAAGCCCCAAACCACGCGGCGGCGGAGCAAUGCGGCGGGGGACGCGGCUCUACAGCCUCCUGGGCGUCCUCCUCCUCCUGGCCCUCGCUUACUUCAACUGGCUCCCGGCGGGCCGCGGCCCCUCCGGCGGCGGCGGGUUCAAGCUCCCCGUCCCGUGGCUGCAGCCGCGGAUGUCCUUCGCGGGACGCGCCGGCACCCACUUCGUCGACACCGGCACCGGCGCGCCGCUCUACGUCAACGGCUGGAACUCCUACUGGCUCCUCUCGGCGCGGUCGCCCGCACUGGCCGCCGAGAUGCUGCGCCGCGGCCGGCGCAUGGGGCUCACGGUCUGCCGCACGUGGGCGUUCAGCGACGGCGGCCCCGGCGCGCUCCAGAUCUCCCCCGGCCGGUUCAGCGAGCCCGUGUUCCAGAUGCUGGAUUAUGUGAUAUAUGUGGCCCGAAGAAAUCAUAUUAGAUUGAUUCUAUGCCUUGUCAACAACCUUGAUAACUUUGGAGGGAAGGCUCAGUAUGUUCAGUGGGCACAAGCAGCUGGUGCUAAUGUGACGAAUUCUACAGAUUCCUUUUUCUCUCACCCAACUAUUAGAGGUUACUAUAAGGAGUAUGUAAAGGUGAUGUUAACCAGAAGAAAUUCUUACAGUGGAAUCAAAUACUGUAAUGAACCUGCUAUAUUUGCUUGGGAACUCAUGAAUGAGCCUAGGUGUGUGUCCAAUUCAUCUGGUCCUCAUAUUCAGGCUUGGAUAGAAGAAAUGGCAGCAUAUGUUAAGAGUUUGGACAUGAAGCAUCUUGUCACAGUUGGUAUUGAAGGAUUUUAUGGCCCUGGUAGAUCUGAGAGGCUGGGUGUCAAUCCUGGAGACUGGGCAGCUUCACUCUGCUCAGACUUCAUACAGAACUCAGCUGUCAAAGAUAUUGAUUUUGCCUCGGUUCAUGCUUAUCCUGAUACCUGGCUACCGAAAGCAAGCAUGGAUGAAAAAGUCAACUAUCUUUCUAACUGGGUUGAUUGGCACUUGAAUGACAGUGAACACAUCUUGAGAAAGCCUGUCCUGUUUUCAGAAGUAGGGUACCUCCAGCAUCCAGAAGUGAACAGCACAGUCAAUGGAGACACUGUUCUAAAACUUGUUUAUGAUAAAAUAUACAAUUCAGCAAAAAAGCUGCAGGCAGGAGGUGGUGCUCUUAUUUGGCAAUUGAUGGUUGAAGGGAGUCAGAUGUACAAUGAUGGCUUCUCCAUGGUGGCACGUGAUCGUCCCUCAACAUAUAAGUUGAUAAAGAAGCAGUCAUGCCGAUUGCAAAGAUUAUAUGGAAAAGAGGAUGACUCUGGUUUGAAAUGUUCAUUACUGCCCUAGGGAUUUAUCUACUAUCAAUAUUGAAGCACCCCAAUUUAUCAAACACAAACUGGAUUUCUUGAGUCAAUCUUGAAGACGACAUUGCUGAGGCAAAUGUGAACAGAGAUGUUUAUAGUGAGCAUCUUGUUUAUAGCUAAGAGCUAGACUGCUAGUGAAGAAUCCAUUUUUGACAGUAAACAUGUCGAUGUUUUGGGGUGGCUGAAGGUUUCAUCUGUGGUGGCCCAGUCAGAUUCUUGAUUGUCCAGAAUACGGUUGGUGGUGGUCAGCUAUGGCCAAAAGAGGUAUAUACAUGUUACCUUUUCUUUAGGUGUUUAUGUAGUUUUGAUAGCAAACUUAUAUCGUACAGGUAGUGGAAUUAGUUUUUGAAUCAUCGUCUGUUCUCAGCAUCAAGCUAGCGAUGUUUCCUGGCAGAAGUCAGAUGAUGUACAUUGUAAAUUGUAAAUUAAUAUGUGGCCUUUAGGUCAGAGUGAAAGCCUGAAGGACCACCGAUACAGGUAUGAACCCCCCA